AUUCGAAGAUCUUGCAACUGUACGGGCGAGGGGCAAAGACUUCGAGAGACUUGGAAUCGAGGCCGACCGCGUAUCUUUCUUCCUCACCAUCAUCACCAUCAAGCCUCGAUCUUGAUCGUGAAUUACGGACAAUAGCCCUUCCUUUGCCUGACGCCUUGCUAUACCACCACCCACUACAACUUCUUACCCCCACCCCUUCUUUCCUUCACCACAAUGGCAUCCAACUUUGACACCCUUCAGCUCCAUGCUGGCCAAGAGGUCGAUCCAGCCUCCAAGGCUCGUGCCGUGCCUAUCUACGCCUCAACGUCCUUCGUGUUUGACAACUCAGCCCACGGCGCCGAUCUCUUCGGCCUGCGCAAGUUCGGCAACAUCUACAGCCGUCUAAUGAAUCCUACGAACGACGUCUUUGAGAAGCGCGUAGCGGCCCUCGAAGGUGGUGUGGCCGCUCUCGCUGCCUCCUCCGGACAGAGCGCUCAAGCCAUGGCCAUCAUGGGCGUGGCCGCUGCUGGGGACAACGUCAUCUCCUCAUCGAACUUGUACGGUGGUACCUACAACCAGUUCAAGGUCUUCUUCCCGCGUCUGGGCAUCCAGACCAAGUUUGUGACUACGGGCAAGGCAGAGGACUUUGCCAAGGCCGUCGACGCAAAGACGAAGGCGAUCUACAUCGAGUCGAUCUCGAACCCCAAGUACGAGGUGCUGGACAUGGCUGCAAUCGCGAAAGUGGCGCACGACAACAAGAUUCCGCUCAUCGUCGACAACACCUUUGGCGCCGGGGGCUACUUCAUCCGUCCCAUCGACCAUGGCGCUGACAUUGUAGUGCACAGUGCGACCAAGUGGAUCGGUGGGCACGGCACCACCAUUGCAGGCGUCAUCGUCGACUCAGGCAAGUUCGACUGGGCCGCAUCUGGCAAGUUCCCGCAAUUCACUGAGCCUUCAGAGGGGUACCAUGGCCUCAAGUUCUGGGACACCUUUGGCCCUAUCACAUUUGCUAUCUACCUGCGCGUGGUCAUUCUCCGCGAUCUGGGACCGGCUCUCAACCCGUUCGGCUCUUUCCUCCUUCUUCAGGGACUCGAGACCCUCUCACUGCGAGCUCAACGCCAUGCUGACAAUGCCCUUGCACUGGCGCAAUACCUUGAGAAGCACCCGCGCGUCGCAUGGGUCUCUUACCCCGGUCUCGCCAGCCACGCUUCCCACCAGGUAGCGAAGAAGCUCAUGCCCCGUGGCUCGGGUGGUGUUCUCUCCUUCGGUAUCAAGGGCGAGGCGGCCGCUGGUGCCCAGUUCGUUGACCAGCUCAAGCUGGCCUCCAACCUCGCCAACGUAGGAGACGCAAAGACGCUGGUUAUCUCGCCCACGGCGACUACUCACCAGCAGCUGACGGCACAGGAGCAAUUGGACUCGGGCGUUACGCCUGACUUGAUCCGUGUCUCUGUGGGGAUUGAGUACAUCGAUGACAUUGUGGCGGACUUCGAGCAGGCUUUCAAGGCCACGGAGGGUGUGCAGGGUGAUGUGCCCAAGGGUCAGCAUAGCGUAGCGCCUGGCUUGGCUGGGGCUGCGUGACGGGGCGAGUGUAUUGUAAUGGACUCGAGUGGUCGUCGAAUGCUUCCAUUUGUCUAUCUGCCUGCGUAGCUUCUUGAUCUGCA